AUGGGUGAAAAAUGGGGAUUGCAACUCCAAGCUUUUUCAUCUCUCUGUGAAGAUGAGGAGGGCGAGAAAUCAAAUUUCUGCUUUAAAGAGGGAGGAUGGGUCUUGGGUCUUGGGUCUUGGGUCUUGGAUCAAAGGGGAAUUGCUGAGUAUAUUGCCUCUUUCUUCAAGAAGUUUCAUGAACCAACCACUAUUAUAGAACAUCAUGAUCUUCUGGAUUGUAUUCCCAAAAUUCUGUCUAAUGAAGAUGUGGCUAGUCUAGAAGCAACUCCUGGCAUAGAAGAAAUCAAAAAAGCAGUGUGGGAUAUGGAUCCUGAUAGUUCUCCUGGUCCUGAUGGAUUUCUAGGAAAAUUCUUUAGGAAAUGUUGGGAGAUAGUGGAGACGGACUUUGGUAAGACAGUUGUUUAUUUCUUUCAAAUGGGAUACUUGCCCAAAGGAAUAAAUAAAUGUUUUAUUUCCUUAAUUCCAAAAUCUGAUGAUGCUUCUUCUCUGGAUAAAUUUAGGCCAAUAUGCAUGGGAAUUUUUUUCUGUAAGGUUCUAUCUAAAAUUAUGUCCUCCAAGCUUAUGCCUCUUUUUCCGCGAUUGGUCUUAGAUGAGCAGGGUGCAUUUCAGAAGGGUAAGAUUAUUUCUUCCAAUAUUAGUCUGGCCUCGGAGCUGGCAAAUCUUAUGCAUUCCGCUGUGAGGGGUGGAGGCAUGGGAUUGAAAUUGGACGUGCAGAAGGCAUAUGACUCCUUAUCAUGGAAAUUUCUUUUUGCCUCAUUGGUAAAGUUUGGUUUCUCGGACAAAUGGAUCUCUUGGAUCCAGCUUCUUUUAAGCUCUUCCAAGUUAUCUGUUUUAGUGAAUGGAGGGCCAGUGGGUUUUUUCCCAGUGGGCAAAGGUCUGAGACAAGGAGAUCCUAUCUCUCUAUUCUUAUUUAUUUUGGCAGAGGAGGUGUUCUGCAGAGGUUUGAAGUUGUUAGUAAGGGAUGGGAAGUUGAAGUCUCUCCCAGGACCUCGAGGUGUGUCCAUUCCCUCUCAUUUAUUUUUUGUAGAUGAUAUAUUUAUUUUUAUGAAUGCUUCUGCAAAAUUUGUGAAGAAUCUCCAAGAUUUCCUAGAAAAAUAUCAAGCUUUUUCAGAGCAUAAUUUCAAUCUGGAUAAAAGUAGCCUGUUUUUUGGGAAGGUGGCACCCCACAGGAAACAAUAUAUUUCUUCUCUGUUAGGUAUAAAAUCAGAGAAGCUUCCGACGAAGUAUCUAGGCGUGGAAAUUUUCAAGGGAAGAGUGAGAGGAUCUCAUCUGUUACCUUUGCUAGAUAAGAUAAAAAGUAAGCUAGUUGGAUGGAAGGGUAAGCUGCUCUCAAUUGCGGGAAGAGUGGAGUUUGUGCGAUCUGUGAUCUCUAGUAUUCCUAUACAUAACUUUGCAGUAUAUUGGUGGCUGGACUAUUCUAUUAAAUUGGUGGAACGGUGGAUGCGUAAUUUUAUCUGGUCAGGUGAUAUGGAGGUCACAAAGAAAAUAGUGGUGAACUGGGACAAUGUCUACAAACCAAAACAGGAAGGGGGGUUAGGCAUUCGCAGACUGCGAGAUGUAUAUUUUUCCUGUCUAGCAAAGUUGACUUGGAAAAUUAAGCAUGAGGAGUCCUCUAUGAGUAAGUUCUUCCGGGGUCGCUUUCUAAAAGUAGACGGAUCUCUGAAAUCUGGCCAUAUCUCCUCUUCGAUUUGGCCAGGGAUAAAGAAAGUUUGGAAUCUUGUGACUUAA